AUGGAAAUGCCAGAUUUUAAUAAUAAACAAGUUGGAAAUACAUUUAAAUAUAGAAAUAAACGUGUAGUAAAGGAAAUUGAUGAUAUUCAUGAAUUUAUAAAAACAUACCCACAUACAAAUGAAGAAUUAAAUAAUUAUUUUAUAAAAAAAGAUAGAAAAAAUUCAGUAUCCCCAUUUAAAAGAUUUAUUUUUUAUAUAUUAACGCAAAUAGCAAGUAUAUUAGGGGUAUGUGUAAUAAUAUUUUGUGUAGGUUUUUUAAUAGGAAAUAAUAUAUCAUCAAAAUCAUCUAUAAUAAAUUCAAUAAAUAACAGUUAUUAUUUACCAAAUAAUAUAGGAGCAGUAUUAGUUGUUGACAAAACCUCGACUAAGAAUAAUGAUGCCUUAAGUGAUAAAAAUAGUGUUUUAACUUUAAACAUGAUAAUAAAUUUUAAUUUUAGUUAUAAUAAUGUAUUUAUGGGAACACUAAUAAGUAAAGUAUUAUUAUAUUAUUAUCCAGCAAAUGAUAUAAAAUUGAAUCCAAAUGAUUACUGUUAUAAUGUAAAUAAUUCAAAUGCUGUAAAUGAUGGAAUAAUAAAAAAUAAAAAUGAUUUUGGAAAAAAUAAUGAUGAUUAUACUUCUUUUUUACAAGAUGAAUCAUUAGUUUUUUUAAAUUAUUCAAUUAAAGAAAAUAAAAAUAUAAAAAUAGAAUAUAUAAAUGAUUUGUUAUUUUCGAAUUUAACAUCAUAUCCUAUUGCUGGUUCAGACAUUACUAUAUCUCCAGGUAUAAUGUAUGGAAUAAGUUCAAUUAAUACGCUAUUGAGUGUCAAUUAUAUUAUAAAAAAUCCAAAUAUUCAAAACAAUUUAAUGAAUGAUUGUAAAUUAGGAAGAAUAUAUUUACGAUUAGAUUUAAUCGACCCACGUAUUAAAACAAUGUUUUUUCGUUUUAAACCACAAGUUGGUAUUUUGCUUCCAUUUAAAAUACCAUGUGAAAUAAAAAAAGAAAAUACCGUAACAAAUGAAAACAAAGAAUUUCGGGAAAAUCUUAUCAAACAUCAUAAAAUGCAAAGAUCUGCUAUUAAAAAUAUUAGUCUAUUUAUGAAUUAA